AAACACUUUCUUCAGAGUUCAUCGUUGAUAAGGCCUAAGCAACACUAGCUUUAUUCAUACCAAAAUUCCAAUUUUUUCCUAUCACUAGUCUACUUCUUCAAAAGAAUACUUCACACGUAUUUUCUACUCUCAAUAAAAUCAGUGCUUACUCAAAGUUUUGGCCAAAGCUCCACAAAUUCUACUCAACCUCAAUCGAAUCGCAAACGAGGAUGCUGAAUGCACUCGGCACCCGGUCAGCAGCAUCGUUGUAAUAAUCGAGAUCGUCCGACGUCUGGGCAAUGACGUCGCAGGCCGUCUACUGUCUCAGUCUUCAGAUUCGUCCACCAGCCGAUGAAAGUUCCAAUGCAGUGACAACAUCGUCCAGCAGCGCAAAUGAACUCGCCAAAGUGGUCACAACUUCCACUCCAGUCACGGCUCCAGGUGGAGCGAUCAUCACUGGACUGGACACCAGCAAAACGGUCACCAUUUCCGAAGCAGCUUCCCGUCAGCUUCAGUCGCAAAUCCAUCUGCAGCAAGCUCAAUCAGCAACCGUCACUGGCCAGCCUCAGCAGCACAGCAACAUAAUUCUGGUUCGUGGUUCCCGGUCCGAAAAUGGACAGAUUAUUCUCCAGAACACCCAUGAACUGUUGAGUUUACUUAGCGAUGAAGAUAAACCGAUUCUGCUGCAGCAUCAACGGCUCAAAGCUAAGCCCGUCCCCGAAGUACAAACCACAACCGGUGCUACCAAUACCAUUUUGUUCCAGCCGGCCAUCAAAAGCACCGAUGGAACGAUUCUGCUUCAGCCGGAUGGCUUGAAGAAGACAACCCUAGCCACUACUCAAGAGGGUGGUCCCAUUUUUCUGCAGCAACGCUUCAACAAGAACGGAUCCACCGAUGGACCGAUUCUGCUUCGCACGCUUAAACGCAUCGACAAAUCUCAGUCGAUUUUGGUCAUUCGAAAUGCCAGCACUGCUACCGCAACCGCAACGGCUGCCAGUUCUUCCAAUGUUACCAGUUCGGCGGCUUCCAUCAUGGCCGGAACGACUGCCGUUACCGUAGCCGGAGGAGCCACCAUAGUGAAGGCCAAACCUCUGCACCAGGUUGCCCAAGUUGCGCAGCAACAGACUGUUGUGACGGUUAGUUCUGCUCCUGCCGGAUCCAGUGUUGUUGAGGAGGUUGAAACCGCCAAGAAGGAAGCGAGCUCCAAGGUCACUGUGACUAAGGUGGUGCAGAAGUCGAUCAACUUUCCGUUGGGUACAGAUGGCGAACCGAUCAAACUUCCGGAAAAUUUAGAAAGUUUACCACGGGCUGACCAUUUCCCAACCCAGCGACAUCGAUGGAAUACUAAUGAGGAAAUCGCCGCCAUCCUCAUCAGUUUCGACAAACAUUCCGAAUGGCAGUCGAAAGAGGUGAAAACGAGACCGAAAAGCGGCUCCAUGUUGCUGUAUUCACGAAAAAAGGUUCGCUACCGACGAGACGGCUACUGUUGGAAGAAACGAAAGGAUGGCAAAACAACCCGCGAAGAUCACAUGAAACUGAAAGUUCAAGGCACUGAGUGCAUUUACGGCUGUUACGUCCACUCGGCGAUCCUUCCAACUUUCCAUCGACGCUGCUACUGGCUGUUGCAGAAUCCGGAUAUCGUUCUAGUUCACUAUCUGAACGUCCCGUAUCCGGAUGACAACAAGAUGGCCGUCAUCACCCCGAAUCUGGCACUGUGGGGCGAGAAGAAGGAAUGGACUAAGGAGGAACUGGUCAGUCAGCUGAAGCCCAUGUUUUUUCCGGCAGUUUUCAGCGAAGAUGAACCGGACGCGCAGAAUGAGCUGGAAAUCUCAACCGCGGAAACGGUGGAAGCAAUCGUCAGUCAGUUGAUGGAGAAGCAGAGGAUGGCUCGGCAAUCGGCCUUGGUCAAACAGUUGGAAUGUGGAUGCUCGGAUGCUAAUUGCGUGGACGGAAAGAGUUGUUCCCAUCCAAUGAGGAGAAUCAGUGCGGCCAAAUCAAACUCGGCACCGGUGCCGGCAAGCGAACUUGGGAAACGACCCGGGGAAGGGCACUUUGGCUCGACGGCUCCCAAUGUACUAAUUGGAUCAAGGAUGUACCCCCGAUGGAUUGACAAUCGACGAGCCAGAGAACAACAGCAACAACUGGAAGCAUCUCGAGCGGUUUCCAAAGACUCCACUCCGAUCCACUUUCAAGUUAUCCCUACCUCCAAUUCCGGAAACAACAAUCCCAAUUCAAUUAGAGCAAUUGCAAGCAAUCAUCAUCCCCACCCCCAUCAUCAACAGCAGCAGCAACAACAUGCCCUACAUCAACAACAGCAACAGCAGAAUUCUUCAUCUCUUCUAGUCAACGGAACCCUUACCCAGCAUCUCAACUCGUUGAACGCUUCCGGUGCAAACAAUAAUUCACAAUUAACAACUGGCAGCAAUGGUCAUCAGCUAACCAAUGGACUGGUCCAUCAUCAGCAGCAGCAGCAACAGCAACACCAACAACGAAGUCAUCUGCUCAUCACCGGUAAUAACUCGUCCGCAACCGCCAAUUCUAAUCAAUUAACCAAUGGCCAAUCGACGUCGUCGUCAACGAAUGGCUCCGGCGAUGAUGGCAUCAAUCAACAGCAGCAAAGACCAUCUUCAGGGUCUACGGGUCCUGAUGGAGGUGCAAGUAAUGGUGUAAGAAAUCAUAAUCAUAUUACGGUUGGCAAUGGCGGCAAUGCGCCAAUGGUCAGCUCCAAUGGUGCAACGAACGGGACUCCUUCGCUGGUGCUGAAUUUAUCACAGCUUCAAGGAAACCCCGGCAGCCUCUUGAUCCUGAACGGGCAGCAACCAUCGUUCGUGUGCCACUCGUCGCAACAACAGCACCUACAGCAGCAACAACAACACCAACAGCAACGCAAGGCCGCCCUCCUGGAAAGCAGCAAUAGCAGCAGUAGUAGUAGCAAUAGCAGCAGCAACAACAGUACAGCCCCUAACAGCAACAGCAGCAGUAGCAGUAUCAAGAUGGAGAGUUCGCCAUCGGAUGGUUCCCAACAUGGAUUGAUUCCGAAGCAAGAGGUAAUGGAUGCUACACCUUCAACGAUCGGCACCAUUCGGAACAAGUCCUUCGAAAGCAUGUUCGGUAGCCAGGGACAGCAGCAACAGCAGCAACAACAGCAGCAGCACGCCCAUGACAAUCUACCCUUCUUCAACGAAACGUUGGAUCUGUCACAGGAAGACAUUCAAAAGACGCUUAGCGCAAAUAUGCCUCUGGGUCAUGCUCAUGUUGGUGGAGUUGGUUCCAGCGGCCAAGCUGCUGAAACCACUGAUGAUGCUAUGAACGGGGAGAUCAAUCCAAUGGAUUUCAUUGAAAACUGUGGGGAUAAUCAUGAUCCAGUCGAUGAUGACGUAUUUGUCAAUUUGGAUGCUUUCGACAUGUUGGUGGAAUUUCCGGAACUGGAACUUGACGCCAAGAGUGGUUUUCUCAACGGGAGUGAGUCGGAUACCGAAGCCGGUGGCGAUUUGGAUGAUGAUGCGAGCGAUUUGAGUCAAUUCAAGCUAUCGACGGUGAAUGGGUUAGAGCGAUCCCAUCACCACUCGAACGUAUCGCACAUUACGGAUUUCAGUCCCGAGUGGGCUUAUCCGGAGGGUGGAGUAAAGGUGCUAGUAACGGGACCGUGGAACUCGAGCUCCUCGUACACGGUGCUGUUCGAUUCGUUUCCGGUGCCAACGACGCUGGUGCAGAACGGAGUUCUGCGGUGCUACUGCCCAGCACAUGAGGUGGGAGUCGUUACGCUACAGGUAGCGUGUGAUGGAUAUGUGAUAUCGAAUACAGUAAACUUUGAGUACAAAUCACCACCCAAGCUGGAGACAAAGUGCGAAGGCAACGGUAACGAUAUGCUGUAUAAAUUUAAUCUGUUGAACCGUCUGGAAUCGAUCGAUGAGAAGAUGCAGAUUAAGGUUGAACCUUGUGAAUCGCCUGAAGACUCUGUUCUUUUCAAACAGAGUAACUUCGAGGAGCGACUUGUGACCUACUGUCAAACGCUGAUGGUUAAAAUGUGGCGCUCUGUUACCCCAGGAUCCUGGCUUGGCAAGCAUCGGGGAAUGACCCUGCUGCAUUUGGCAUCGGCUCUGGGUUACGCCAAGCUAGUACGAACUAUGCUUACCUGGAAGACCGAAAACUCAAAUGUGAUUUUGGAAGCCGAAAUCGACGCUCUUAGCCAGGAUCAGGACGGGUUUACUCCACUGAUGUGGGCCUGCUCACGUGGUCAUGUCGAAGCUGCUGUUGUCCUGUACAAAUGGAACCAGAAUGCUCUGAAUGUGAAAAACAAAUCUCAACAGUGCCCGCUGGAGGUCGCCAAACUGAACGGCUUCAUCGAGUUGGUGAACGAGUUGGAGAAACAUGAGAUCGAAAGACUAAAAAAUAAGAAAUCUUUUGCACCUACCAGUUCAACGAUGCCCACACUUGCAUCCAUAACUUUGUCAUGUACAACUUCUUCCGCUUCCAGUUUAUCUGCAUCUUCCGCCACUUCAAUUUCACCGUCUUCUAUAUCUUCAACUUUGUCGAAUCUUUCUUCCUCGUCCAAUUCUUCCAUCACAAAUACUGCUAGAAGAAACAGCACCAGUAGCAAUCAACACAAGAGAUCAACCGAAUCAGCAAAUGACCCCAACAAACAAGUAUCUCGUAACGAUGACGACCGGAACGAUGCGCAUCCCUCGAAUGUCAGUCCGGAACAUAAUAUAAUCAACGAUCUGUUCAGCUUCAACGAUGCGUUGAAUGCAAGCAAUGGCGAUAGCUGCAGUAACGAUCAGUUCGGUUUGUCGUCUUCGUUUAAUCCAUCGCUGUCGCCGUACAGCGAUGUGAUGAAAUCGUCUGGCAAUAAUAGCCAGGUGCUGCAUUACGCACUGGAAAACAACAACUCGAAUCCGAUGCUAUCGAACGCUCUGUCUCCUAGCUCCGAUAGCAAUCGUAGCCACGACGGAGUGUUCUUGAGACCAGGGGCAGUGUUUUCGAGUGGUCAAAGUCCACCGGGAGCACGACUCUCCAAAAGAUCGUCCAUCGACAGUGGAAUCAAUAUGGAUUCCAGAUCUCCACUCAGCAAAACUGGCAAAUCUCUGCGGGACAUGCAGCGAUUGAAUAGAAACGACCGCAGCAUGUCGCUACCCUUAGCUAGCACCGGUUCCGGUUCCCUGGGAUCAUCGCAGUUCACCGGAGCAACCGUCGGUACCGUAACUCUCACCAGUGCGACCCUCAUCGGCAAGGGUCCCACCUCGAUUGGAACUAACAGCAACGAUUCGGACAACUUCUCCCUGUCCCUCACAGAACGGACCUCUUCGGAUUCCCCAUCACAGAUGUCCAGCCACCUGAGCAACACCUCUCUACUUUCCCCGCUUCGAAAAAUGGAUUUUGCCCUCUGCGAAGUAUCGGCAGCCACUGGCAGUCCCAUGUGCGAGGACACCGACUCCCUACACCAUCACCACCAACAGGAGGAUGAACGACACUCAUCGAAUCCCGGUGGCGUAAUGGCGUCGUCAAUCGUUAUUGGGGGGCAGGGUCUUGGCCUCCAUUCACACUUGCACCAGCUUCAUGUUCAGCAGCAGCAGCAGCAACAGCAUCUGAUGCUUCAUGGCGCUGCUGGUUAUUCGCAACAAUCUGGGCAAUCAACCCUUGGUCCACAUUCGCAAAUGUCGGUUUCCAAAGACAGUGGCGGGGAGCCAGCGACCCAAGGGGGAGGGGAUUCCGAUGUCAAGGUAUUGACUCUAGCUGAACAAAUAAUCGCCGCCAUGCCGGAUCGAAUAAAGAACGAAUCUGAGGAAAUUAUGUCUCUGGGAAGUCCACUGCCCGAUUCCCUGAGCGAGGAUACCUCUGGAAUGGGCUCGAUCCUGAACGAUUCCUUCAUGGAACCACUUCUAGAUUCCUUGCCAUCAUCCCAGUUUGAAGAGUUUAACUUCGAAUUCAGUGAUCACAGUUAUCGCUACCACGACGUUGGUACACCCUGCUCUAGCCUGAGUCCCGCCUCAUCGGGACCACUUCAAUCUCCAGCCAGCUAUUCGAUACCCCAGGAUCAUCCAGUAGGAUCGCCAAGUCCGCCACCAACAACGCAAGAUUUUACCGAGUUUCUCCAGGCUACGAAUACUAAUCCGUUUGAGAAGGACUUCUCUAACCUUAAGUUAAAUGAUCGCGAACAACGUGAGCUGUACGAAGCAGCCAAGUGCAUCCAGAAAGCGUAUCGUUCGUACAAAGGUCGCAAAAAUCGCAUGGAGGAACAGGACAAGGAACGUUCGGCGGCUGUCGUUAUCCAAAACUACUACCGUCGAUACAAGCAAUACGCUUACUACAGGCAGAUGACGCAAGCAGCGGUGAUCAUCCAAAACGGUUACCGAUCCUACUGUGAGAACAAACGUUUCAAGAAGUCACAAUCGGGCAGCAAUCAGCAACUGGGUUCGUCUGGCGAAAAUGCCGAAGAAUCAUCAUCCCAAUGUAUCCAGAGUUACUACAAAACUUACAAAAACGAACAAAAACAACAGACAUCACCCCAGCAGCAACAACAAAUGCAACAUCACGGCAAUCAGAGCUCCUCGAAGGAGCCGAGUCCCUCGGGACCUUUGAAACGUACUUACUCGCAACGAACCCAGAAUCAAGCAGCCAGGAAAAUCCAACAGUUCAUGAGACAAUCCAAAAAUAAUACGUGGGAUGAGCAAAUGACUAAUCUGACUCCAGAGAGAACGAGCCGAAAAAGAGAGGCUGGUCCACCAACGGCGGGUGGAGUACCUUCAAAGCUCACCGUAUCCCGGGGCAGCAGUUCAUCAGCAACAACAGCAUCAGUUGGCAACAGCAGUGCCACCAACAGCAACGCCAACAACAACAACAACAACAGUAACAGCAACAGUUCAACCGGAUCCAUCAUUACCCGUUCCGGCGGAAGUUCCCACUACCAUCAGCGGUCCAAGGUGAACUGAUGAAACCUCAAACCCCGACACGCGAUAAUCAAAAGCAGAAUCAUGUGAUCGAACUUCUAUAGGAAAAUUAAACUUUAAA